AUGUCUUCAGCCUCUACACAACCAACGGGCCAAGCCCCGACCCCGACCCCCAAGAUCAUCACCAACGCAGCCUGGGCAGGCGUAGUCCUCUGCCCCCUAAUCAUGCUCAUGCCCCCCCGCCGAAUCGACUGGCGCACCUUCAUGCUCUGGACCGGCUUCUCCGCCUCGGGCAACCAGCUCAUCUACGACUACAGCGGCCAGUCCCUCUUCCAGCGCAUGCAGUCCCGCCUCGGUCGCAUGUUCCCCACGACGCUGCCCGAGCAGGCGCAGCGCACCAAGCAGCUCCUGCGCGAGGAGCGGAUGCGCCGCGAGGGCCUGACGGAGGAGCAGAUGCGCGCCAUCGAGUUCAAGAAGCGGAACCUCGCGCAGAGGCUGUGGUACGGCAGCGAGCCCGAGGACUGGGAGGCCAAGAGGGCUGCUGAGCACGCGAAGGCGCUUGCCGAGGGCAAGGGUUUGGGCGAUUUGAUUGCCGAGCAGGUUUCUGAGGUUUGGAGCGGCGCGAAGGAGGAGGAGGCGGAGGAGAGUCAGAAGAACGAUAAUGAGAAGAAGCAAUAA